AUGGGUGAGCGAGGCAGAGAGGGAGUGACCCUGCCUGGAGGAAGCCCGGGGCCUACGUCUGGGAGGGCUUGUCGGCGAGCGCCUGGUGGUCGGGUUUGCCACAGAACCCAGCCGGGCACAGCCCAAAGAAGCUACAUGGCACCUCUCACAUCCCAUGGGCCCACCACCUGUGGGAGGAACUGCUGGGGUUGGGGGAAGGAGCCAGAACUUGUGCGGGAGGUGGACCGCUACCAGUUAGAUUUGGUGUGUGAGAUGAGAGUUUGUUUCCGGAGGGGGAUGAUUAUUGAGGUGGCACGGCACGCCUCAAGUGGAAAGCUGCAAACCACACGCUACCACACAGGGAACACUAUUCUUGAAUCGCGACUGAGGGGACGUCGGAGCAGCGGGUACUAUGUGUGUGUGGCUAUCCUGAUCUACUUCCUUCCUCUUCUGGUGAUGGGUUGGGCUUAUCUGGUGGUGGGACUGACUCUCUGGGCCAGUGAAAUCCCCGGAGACUCUUCUGAUCGCUACAAGGAACAGCUGACUGCCAAACGCAAGGUGGUGAAGAUGAUGAUCGUGGUGGUUUGUACGUUUGCCAUCUGCUGGCUGCCCUACCACGUCUUCUUCCUGCUGCACCAGUUCUUUCCUGACAUGUUUAUCGAAAGGUUUAUCCAGCAGGUUUACCUGGCCAUCAUGUGGCUGGCUAUGAGCUCCACCAUGUACAACCCCAUCAUUUACUGCUGCCUCAACGACAGGUUUCGUGCUGGUUUUAAACAAGCAUUCCGCUUCUGCCCCUGCGUCCCGCGAGGCUCUUAUGAAGGCCUGGAACUCAAGUCCACUCGUUACCUUCAGACCCAGACAAGUGUUUUCAGGGCCAGCCGGAUGGAGACCACCGUGUCCACUGUGACCCAGGUUGGGGAUGACAUGGAGCCGCCAAGGGUCAAGGCAAUAGCAGGUCCACGGCACGGUGGAGCUGCGGUCGGGGCCAGACCACAUAGCUCCUCCUUGGACCUCACCUCCAACGGGUCAUCGCUCCAGAGCGUCUCUAAAACGGUCUCAGAGACGUCCAGUUUCUACUCUAGUAACCACUUGCAGGAAUAAACCUCAAAUGUGGUUUGCAGGACAGCAGGGAAAGAGAGUGAGUUGAUUGUUCAUUUAGUUGCCUUUGCUUGUGUGUGUUGCAAAAGUACAGCAUAAAUUUGUGAGUUAGUCUGCCAGUGACUGUGGCUGGGUUAUUGAUGACUACAUUUUCACUGGAACGGCGUGCCAGGUAAUUUGCAAGUGAGACUAAGUCCCUGUUCACUGAGCGUCAUCCUCACCCUGUAACAAGUACUCAUGCCGCUCACAGUUAAUGAUCAACUCUCAUUAGAAAGGUUUGCUCACUGCCAAAAAGUUAUGACAAGCAUAACAUGUACAGUAUGACAUGAGCAAAUUCCAGUUCAAAAGGUACAUUGCAGCAGAUGCUAGCGCCUACCAUCUUCACAGCCUUCACUUGUCACAUCAGCCUGCUCUCAGUGCAGAAGGAACGUUCACACAUCUUCAAUCGCACAAGCGGUGUGACUUCACAUAAGUCUAUUUUCGAGUGGCGCUAUAACAUUAGACCAUCAUGCUGUGAACACAGCGGCUUCUCAUUUUAACAGAGCUGUUUUCUGCAAAGACACAGAGCUAGGAGACCUCUACACCUGUAAUGGAGUAAAUCCUGGUUUUCACAGUAACUCUUUGCGCAGAAGUUGAAAAAAAACAGGCAAAUGUGUGGGUUCUGUUGAAAGGCUCUCCCAGAAGAUGAGAUAGGAGGAGAGGAGAUAGACAACAGAGCAUAGACUCUGAACUUUGCAUGUGUAUGCAUAAGCAAUCCAAUGUGCAGGAUGAGUGCCUAUCUGCCCCAAAGAGUGCUCUAAGCAAGCAUGCUGAAAAAUGAGGCUGCAUAAUUAUUCUGCCAGUUGUUCUGAUUAAUCGAUUAAUCGUUUGUUCUAUAAAAAGGCAGAAAAAAUGGCAUCCCAGUUUCUUAAAGUCCAAGAUGAGGUCUUUUGAUUUCUUGUUUUGUCAGUCUGAAGCCCAAAGAUGUUCUGUUUCUUAUGAUAUGAAACAAAAAUAGAGCAAAACAUCUCCAUACCUGACCAGAUGAAGACAGCAUUUCUGCAAUUUUUGCAUGAAUUGAUCAUUUAAAGAGUUAAUCAAUUAGCAGAGUAAUCGUUGCAGCGCCUAGCCCAGCUGUCAUCGGGCUAAACAUGGACUUCACCAGCUGGGAGCAUCGUCUCUGGAACAUAAGCGAGCUCCAAAUGCCGAAGAGGCAACGGUGAACCUCAAGGUAAAUGGGCCCAACAUGAGUCUUCAAUCCCAGAUUUAUUUUCCUGUGACUCCUCUAAACCCAAACAACCCUGGUGUGUAUCUUAGAAACCGAUCUACAAUGAAGAGCAAAUGGAACGCUCCAGUUUCCCACAGAAUGAAUACAGUUUGACAAUAAUGACCCUCCCCUCAGCCACGCGUCUGUGCAACUAGCUCCGCCUUUGUAAGACAUACAGUACAUGAUACUGGGUCGUGACACUGGGUCGUGACAAACUGUGAAAUGUUGAUGUUAAUAUCAUUACCCUUCCACCUGGCUGAAACAUGCACUCUGUGUCUGGAUCAGGGUUAUGAUAGGUCUUUUUGAAAUUUCACAGAAUUUUUUUUGAUUUCUUGAUUUCCAGUAGUUUUAGUUUGUUUUUGUUAGGGCCAGGUGUAUUGUCUCAACAUACAAAAUACACGUUGGCCAUGAUGUUUAAUGUUGAAUUUUUGCGAUUCUGCUUGAUUUUAUGGUUCUGAGGAGGCUCCAAGCAGAGCGUUCACCGUAGCCUACGUUAGUGGCUGGAAGUUUAUACUGUGCGUUGGUGUGUGUGUGUCUCGUCUCUUUAAAAGAAUAGCAGGGCCGGCAUAUAUGUGUGUGUGUGUGUGUGUGUGUGUGUGUGUGGGUGUGGUAGAGCAAGUGAGAGAGUGACGUGAUUAGCUUUGGAGUGAGUACCGACUCUAGAGACAUAUU